UCCUUGCUUAUCAGUCUUGGCAGUCUCUUUUUCUUCCAAUUCUCAUCGAAAACUGCAAUUUUCGUUGCCACCAUUGAAGUUCCACUCAUCCAUUAAAGCAAAACAAUUUGAAGAGAAAAAAAAAGCAAGGAGAAGAAAUCGAGUAGAAAAAUGAGUAGUCGUGGAAGUGGAGGUGGUUACGAUCGUCACAUCACGAUCUUCUCUCCCGAAGGUCGUCUCUACCAAGUCGAGUACGCAUUUAAGGCCGUUAAAGCCGCCGGAAUAACCUCCAUCGGCGUGCGGGGGAAGGAUUCCGUCUGUGUUGUUACCCAGAAGAAAGUUCCGGACAAGUUAUUGGAUCAGACUAGCGUCACCCAUUUGUUCCCCAUUACUAAGUAUCUUGGACUUUUAGCUACUGGGAUGACAGCUGAUGCAAGGACCUUGGUUCAACAAGCUAGAAAUGAGGCUGCUGAAUUUCGUUUCAAAUAUGGUUAUGAGAUGCCUGUGGAUACAUUGGCAAAAUGGAUUGCUGACAAAUCUCAAGUUUAUACUCAACAUGCUUAUAUGAGGCCACUUGGAGUAGUUGCAAUGAUAUUGGGUAUUGAUGAGGAGGCAGGACCUCAACUAUUCAAGUGCGAUCCAGCUGGCCAUUUUUUCGGACACAAGGCCACCAGUGCUGGAGCUAAAGAUCAAGAGGCAAUUAAUUUCUUGGAGAAGAAAAUGAAAAAUGACCCUGCUUUCUCAUAUGAGGAAACUGUACAGACUGCCAUUUCUGCGUUGCAAUCUGUUCUGCAAGAAGAUUUCAAGGCUAAUGAGAUCGAGGUUGGUGUUGUGAGGAAAGAGAAUUCAAUCUUCAGGGUGUUGUCAACCGAGGAAAUCGAUGAGCAUUUGACUGCCAUCAGUGAGCGUGACUGAUUGGUCGUGGAAGUACCUGAAGCCUUUUCUCAUGUGGUGUGAAAAUCAACUUCAUACGCGUGACUUGUUAUGGAUGUUUGGUAAGGCAUUAGGAGGGUUCUCAUGCAUGUAUUGGACAAUCAAAAGAUAGUCAGUCAUGUUUCGAUGUUGUCAUUAUUGGGAUUGUCGCUGAAGGUGAUUCUUAGAAUUCAUUCUGGACUCUUUUCCUUCGUACCGGAAAUUCACCUAGAAAAAAAAUUCUUCACAACGCUGAGACGUGUUUGACAUUUUUUGGCUUUACAUGUUUGAUGAGCAUCUUUCAAAUGUCUCAAA